AUGCCUCUGAGAGUGUGGCAUGGCUACGAGCCCAAUGACGUCAUCACCACGAUCCCCGUCUCGCUCUCCAUUCAGCGCUUCCCCUCGUCCCUGUCCAUCGUGGACCUGGCCCAGGAGCAGGACGGCUACAGCAACAGUGGCUCCAGCAACGGCAUGACCGUGGGGCCGGGUGCGGGCGGCGGCGGCGGCAUCACCACCACGGCCCUCCUGUCCGUGAAGCCCCUGAACGGCAGCGGCAACGGCAACAUUUCGCGGAACAACAGCUUCAGUCUGAGCUUCAACCUGCAGGACCCCACAGUGCGCUCCUCGGUGCGUUCGGCAGGAGCCCCACAGUGGAUACAGUGGACAACUCUUCAUCCGGUGGCACGAUCGCCCUGCCCCAGAGCGGCGCCACGGCAACGGCAACGGCCACGAGUGCUACCUCAACCCUCGCCAAACACAGUCCCGAGGCCAAGACAGGAGAGGUCUAUGUCUGAGCGGAGGAACAGGACACCUAUUCCGACCCAUCCACUGGAUUAUAGCGUUCGUCGUAGGUUUAAGCACCCCCUUCCAGAACCACUGAUACGAUAUUAUCAUCUAGGAAAGAGAUCAAAACAAGAGUAAUCCUCUCUUCGGAUUGUACAUACAUAUGCACACAUCAAUAUACAUACAUAUAUAGCCCACAGACGAUAUCGUAUCGUAAUGGAUCGUAUCGUACGGCACACGCGAGUCUUUCUCGAUAGUUGGGCGAAUAAAUUACGAAUAAAAUCUUUACCAAGAGAAUCUCCAUUAUAUUACCCGUGCAAACAUUGGACCGUGUAAAUACUUUGGAACC